CUGGGGGCGCUGUUCGCAGCUUGACCGCCGCCAUCCACCAGCAGCUACUGCAGCCUCGCCUCCUCUUAAGGCCGCGGGAAGACUGCGCGCCCCCCGGCCACGAUGGCACAGUUCCCAGCGCCCCGGGAGAGGAGCGGUCCGCCCGGACCCGCGCGGGGCGGGGCUCGGAGGAUGACGAGCUGGACGCCUCGGGCGCGGACGAUGGGGGCGACAGCAGUGACCACGACUUCGAGAUGGUGGAUUUGAACGAGAAACUCACCCCCAGCCAGUUGCUCGUGACCCCUUGCCGGCCCGGGACCUGCGAUGAGGCGGAAAAGCCAGCGCGGGUGUACAGUUCCCAUCGCUGGAUGCACCUGAUCCUCGGGAGCCGGCGGCAGCCGCGCGGGAACCGCGACUUGGAGCAGUUAGAGGCAGAGGUCAAGGACGGGCGGGGCUCGCCCCCGGCGGCAGAGGAGCUCCCUCAGCGUAGGGCUCGCGAGCCCCUCCCCCCGUGGCGGCGCAAGAGGUUCCUGGGGCUGCCCGAGCGGGACUCGCCCAGUCACAGCUCGCCCGACAGGGGCAGUGACUGCAGCCACAACAGCUCCGACCACGAGGAUGGCUCCUUUGCAGACUUCAGCUACGGGGCAGACGACUACGACGGAGAGGGGAAUGAAGAGCAGAAGGGGCCCCCGGAGGGCUCGGAGACCAUGCCGUACAUCGAUGAGUCGCCCACCAUGUCGCCCCAGCUCAGUGCCCGGAACCAGGGUGGCGGGGACAGCAUCUCCCCCAACCCACCUGAGGGGCUGGCACCUGGGGUGGAAGCAGGGAAAGGCCUGGAGAUGAGGAAGCUGGUUCUCUCAGGGUUCCUGGCCAGCGAGGAGAUCUAUAUUAACCAGCUGGAAGCUCUGUUGCUGCCCAUGAAACCCCUGAAGGCCACUGCCACCACCUCCCAACCCGUGCUCACCAUCCAACAGAUCGAGACCAUCUUCUACAAGAUCCAGGACAUUUACGAGAUCCACAAGGAGUUCUAUGACAACCUCUGCCCCAAGGUGCAGCAGUGGGACAGCCAGGUCACCAUGGGCCACCUCUUCCAGAAGCUGGCCAGCCAGCUUGGCGUGUACAAAGCGUUUGUGGAUAACUAUAAAGUCGCUCUGGAGACAGCUGAGAAGUGCAGCCAGUCCAACAACCAAUUCCAGAAGAUCUCCGAGGAACUGAAAGUGAAAGGUCCCAAGGACUCCAAGGACAGCCACACGUCAGUCACUAUGGAAGCUCUGCUCUACAAGCCCAUUGACCGAGUAACCAGGAGCACCCUUGUCCUACACGACCUGCUGAAGCACACACCUGUGGACCACCCAGACUACCCGCUGCUACAGGAUGCCCUCCGCAUCUCCCAGAACUUCCUGUCCAGCAUCAAUGAGGACAUUGACCCCCGCCGGACUGCAGUCACAACCCCCAAGGGGGAGACGCGGCAGCUGGUGAAGGACGGCUUCCUGGUGGAAGUGUCGGAGGGCUCCCGGAAGCUGCGGCAUGUCUUCCUCUUCACAGACGUCCUACUGUGCGCCAAGCUAAAGAAGACAUCGGCGGGGAAGCACCAGCAAUAUGACUGCAAAUGGUACAUCCCCCUGGCUGACCUAGUGUUUCCAUCCCCUGAGGAGUCUGAGGCCAGUCCCCAGGUGCACCCCUUCCCAGACCACGAGCUGGAGGACAUGAAAAUGAAGAUCUCUGCCCUUAAGAGUGAAAUCCAGAAGGAGAAAGCCAACAAAGGACAGAGCCGGGCCAUCGAGCGCCUGAAAAAGAAGAUGUUUGAGAAUGAGUUCUUGCUGCUGCUCAAUUCCCCCACAAUCCCAUUUCGGAUCCACAAUCGGAAUGGAAAGAGCUACCUGUUCCUACUGUCCUCAGACUAUGAGAGGUCAGAGUGGAGAGAAGCAAUUCAGAAACUACAGAAGAAAGAUCUCCAGGCCUUUGUCCUGAGCUCAGUGGAGCUCCAGGUGCUCACGGGAUCCUGUUUCAAACUUAGGACUGUACACAACAUUCCUGUCACCAGCAAUAAAGACGACGACGAGUCUCCAGGACUCUAUGGCUUCCUCCAUGUCAUCGUCCACUCUGCCAAGGGGUUUAAACAGUCAGCCAACCUGUACUGUACCCUGGAGGUGGAUUCCUUUGGCUACUUUGUCAGCAAAGCCAAAACCAGGGUGUUCCGGGACACAACAGAGCCCAAGUGGGACGAGGAGUUCGAGAUUGAGCUGGAGGGGUCUCAGUCCCUGAGGAUCCUGUGCUACGAGAAGUGCUAUGACAAGACUAAGGUCAACAAGGACAACAACGAGAUCGUGGACAAGAUCAUGGGCAAAGGGCAGAUCCAGCUGGAUCCACAAACUGUAGAAACGAAGAACUGGCACACAGAUGUGAUUGAGAUGAAUGGGAUCAAAGUGGAAUUCUCCAUGAAAUUCACCAGCCGAGACAUGAGCCUGAAGAGGACCCCGUCCAAAAAGCAGACCGGCGUCUUCGGUGUGAAGAUCAGCGUGGUGACCAAGCGGGAGCGCUCCAAGGUGCCCUACAUCGUCCGGCAGUGCGUGGAGGAGGUGGAGAAGAGGGGCAUCGAGGAGGUUGGCAUCUACCGGAUAUCAGGGGUGGCCACAGACAUCCAGGCGCUGAAGGCCGUCUUUGAUGCCAAUAACAAGGACAUCCUGCUGAUGCUGAGUGACAUGGACAUCAACGCCAUCGCUGGCACCCUCAAGCUAUACUUCCGGGAGCUGCCCGAGCCCCUCCUCACAGACCGACUUUACCCAGCCUUCAUGGAGGGCAUCGCCCUGUCAGACCCUGCUGCCAAGGAAAACUGCAUGAUGCACCUGCUCCGCUCCCUGCCAGACCCCAACCUCAUCACCUUCCUCUUCCUGCUGGAACACUUGAAAAGGGUUGCUGAGAAGGAGCCCAUCAACAAGAUGUCCCUUCACAACCUGGCUACUGUGUUUGGCCCCACGUUACUGAGACCCUCAGAAGUGGAGAGCAAAGCACACCUCACGUCAGCUGCCGACAUCUGGUCCCACGAUGUCAUGGCACAGGUCCAGGUCCUUCUCUACUACCUGCAGCACCCCCCCAUCUCCUUCGCAGAACUGAAGCGGAACACACUGUACUUCUCCACCGAUGUGUAGCCCCGAGGUGGGAGCGUCUGGGGGGGGUGGCCCGAGCCAGCCUCUCCAGCCGGGGCCCCAACCCAGACUUGAAGGACUACAAUAGAGAACUCCCAAACCCAGCGCUCCAGACUCCAAGGGACACAGAUUUCCAAGAACUGGAAGACGUGCAUCUUUUGUGCCACCUUGUACAAAAAGCCAGCUGACCCGGUCCCAGCCUUGCUGCGCACCCCAGGCUCUGCCCUCUGUUCCUCUAGUUGUGUCUAAUGCUCCGUGCUGUUUGGGAAUUGUUUUACGUCUACUUGUCAUGCAGGAAAGGUAGUGACCGACCCGGUGUGGGCACACAGACAGCCUGCUUUGUUCUUUCAUUUCCUCCAACACUUUCUUUCCUCCUGAGUCCGGUCCAAGGGCUUUUAUUUUGCGCUCUGUGACUGCUGCCAGCUUCUCCUCUCUUGGCCCUGCCCCCAGAUCGCAGUCUCCUGGCAGCCUCCCCUCGGUCUUCCUCCGCCCUCUCCUCCCUCCCAGCCUGCCUGCAUGCGUGUGCAGCCUUGGUUUUUGAUCCAGCGCCUCGAAAGCCCUGAGGAGGCCCUGGGCGGCGGUGGCGGUGGUGGCCCGUGCCGCGCCGCCGCCUGCCGCCGCCGGCCUCUCCUUGCCCUGUGCCUGCGGAAGCGCACCUUCUUGCCUUGCCGCCUGUGCAGAUGUUGGACAAGGAGACAGACUCACACUAACCCUCAGCUAAGCACAGGCUGGAGGGCGGAUUUCUGGGAUUUUUCCACCUGAGACUCUCCAUUUCUGGCUUUAUCUGUUCUGUCUCCAGUACCAGUGAGGCAUCUUUGACUGUUUCUUCUGCUUUUCAGUUCCUUUUCCCUUGGUGUUCUAUUUCCUUUGAGUACACAAGACUCACAAGUGACCUGCUACCAAGGUAGCCAGAGGGUCAGGAAAGAAUUGGGGGAGGUGGGAGGGUCAGGCCGCAGAGGAAAAGGGACGGGUGGGACGUUGAGAGGAGCGCCAGGGAGCGCUGGGUGUCCCGGGCUGGGGGGAAAGAGGCUCUCGGCAGCAAGCAGUUGUGGUGGCUUUUCUCGUGGAGCUGGGCUUCUGGGAGGGCAGCUACUACGGCUGAAGCAGGUGUCCAGAAACAGGCAGGUUCUGUCCAGGAGGGCUAGUCCUUCCCGGUGCCUCCCGUACCUCGUGGCACCUUUGCCUUAGGGUUUACACUUUCUCCACAGCCAAGCACUGCCAGGGGCAGCCCCCACGGCCACGUGUGCUCCAGGCCCUGGGAAAGGCAGGCACGGUCCAGCUAGCCAGCCGUCCUGGUGCUGCCUUCCACCCUCGGCUUCUAGAUGCAGCCUUGCGGGUGAACUCGGGGAAACUCCAGGAGCUGGGGAAGAAUGAGGAGUCACAGGUACCUGCCUCUCUCGGGACUGGGUUUUGCAGGGGACCCUCGUUGUGGACGCUCUGCUCCAGAGUAGGGGAUCAGCAGGUUCCGAUCCCAACACCGAGGCCCGCUGCUCAGCACUGGAAAGGAGUGAGAAGUACCCCCAAAGUGCAAUUUCUUCCCACCUGAGCAGGGGCCGCUGGCCUCUGGCAGUUAGCCUGGGAGGGCAGACACUCCCGGGCUGCAGAGAUUGGAGCUGCAGUACACAGCUCCCUGGCUCUCCUAUGUGGCAGAGACUAGAUUAUAGGCCCUCAGGAUUGGAGAGAAGAGCUCCCCUAGCUUGAGCUCAGAGCUGUUUUAAAGAAGGGUUUAGGGCCCUAAAGCCGUAGCACUUGCUCAGUGAGAGGAAGGGCCCUUUCUCAUCUUGUUUACACCUGUUGCCCAAUCAUGGGCAGAACGGUACACAUUCUGUGCACAUCGGAGGAAAGAGAUGCCUAAGAGGAGGGCAGUACUGACCUCCUAGCUGCCUGCUAGCAGCUUAGCAAGGAGCCCCGCUCUCUGAGACAGGGGGUAGAGAAAGAAGGCCGCUUGAGUCUAAAGAUCCCCAGUGUCUGAUCAUCCCUGGAGUCUGCUCGGCACUCAGGAGCUGGUAUGUGGCAUGGAAGGCUCUUGCUUCCACAGCCAUUGACUGGAAUGAACUGGAGGCCCAGCUAGAGCUAUUUACAGCCCCAAAUGGGUGCCUCCCACCUCCCCAAAACAAGGGAGGUUUGCUUCUCAGCAUCAGGUAUACUGCAGCCCCCCAACCUCACUUAGGCAAUGAGAAUGGGAGGAAGGCCGGAAGGGCUGAGAAAUGCAAAAGGCUCAGAAUAUUUAUAAAUUCCACCCCCAAGAGCAGGGAGGGGCGGGUACCAGACCUGGACUGAGCUGCACCAAGGAAAUAGCCCGUGGGUUCUCCUACGAGACAGGGACUGUGCAGCCCAGAAGCCCCAGCCACUGUGCCCAGCAGGGCAGGCUGUGCCAACAGAGGCCCGUCAGACAGGCUACAGGAAUCCUGCAUGCCUGUCCUUGCUGGCAACGGCUGUGGGCCGCCGGUGUUUGCUGACACAGGUAGGAUGGGACACUUCAUUAAUAUUUGACUUUAAUAAGUUGGUAAGGAUAUAUUUUUCUUUGGUCUAUGUUCUGUUUCAACUUACGUAGAUUAUAAAUUGAUGUAAACCACGUGAGAGGAAAACGUUAAUAAAAAAAAUGCAAA